AUGUAAUUGUACACUCACCAUCCUUUAUACCAUCUCUUCUCUAGUCUUCAUCUUCCAGUGGCCAAUGCUCUCCCAACUCCUUGUCAGAGGUCAAUGUUCAGAAACCAUCACCUGUAGACUUUCAUCCCAUUCUCAGUUCUCAUCUCCCUACUGUCAUGAAUUGUUUACUUCUAAAUUUAUUUCUGAAGUAACUCUCUCCACUUUCUUGUUCACACUUGUCUAAUAGUGUGGUUAUUAUAAAUUUCCACCCUUGCUCAACGUCACCUCGAGGGCUUAUUGAACUACUAUGAUCUUAGAGGGUGGCCAAGGCGCUAAAGCCUCGCCUAACGACCAUCAGGAGCACUGUCUCAUGGAUUGGUUGGAGGAGCCCAUGUGUUUCAUCUCCUCCUUCCUCGAUGAUCCCUGUGCAGCAGCAUCCACCUCCACACCAAAUGAAAUCACUAGCUGCGAAUGGUGGGCAAAGGGCCAGGAGCAAUACGACAUGACUUGCACUACUCCAUCGCUGUCAUCUACACCCAGCACGGCAAAGAGUCCCCAAUUGCUUCCACAAGCUGAAUUUUCCAGGAAGAGGAAGAAACCGACGAGUUCGACUACUGGCAAAACGACCGCAGCGGUCCAAGACAAGCAGAGGACAGUAGGUGUCGCCGGCAAGAAGGUUCAGGAAGAGUUGGUGGAGGAAGGUGAAGUAAAUAUGAAGCUGGCCGGGACAGGGAGGAAGGUGCAGGGAAAGGGGGGCCCGGGGGCCUCAAGCAACGGCGGAAGCAAGGAAACAAGAUGGGCGGAGAAGUUGCUGAAUCCCUGCGCCACCGCCAUUGAAGCGGCGAAUGUUUCUCGGGUUCGGCACCUGUUAUGCGUGCUCCAAGAGCUACAGUCUCUCUCUGGCGACGUGAACCACAGGCUUGCUGCCUAUGGCCUCCGCGCUCUCGUCAACCGCCUAUCGUGCACCGGGAUCAGCAUUUCCAACAUAGGUGGAGCAGCCGCUGCGACGACGGAGGCAGCGGUUACCUUCGUUACAUCGGAGACGAGGCUCUUCCGAUCGGCGCUCAUAAAGUUCCACGAGGUCAGCCCCUGGUUCGCCUUACCUAACGCUCUCGCCAACGCCUCCAUCCUCCAAACGCUAGCCCGAGAUCCGAGCCGCUGCGCCAAGUCCCUUCGCGUGGUCGACGUCGGCGUCUCCCACGGUCUCCAAUGGCCGACGUUCCUCGACGCGAUAACCCGCCGUCCCGAAGGAGGUCCGCCUCUGGUGCGCCUCACCGUAGCAGGCGCCGCCGCACCGCCUGGGCCGUUCUCCGUUUCGCCGCCGGGAUACGAUUUCCGUUCUCAUCUCCUUCGUUACGCCAAAUCCAUCAACCUCAACCUCCAGAUCGAUGACGCCAACGAUCUCGAGCCUAGCUCCCUAGCUCUCCGCCGAGACGAAACCCUAGUCAUCUGCGCCCAAUUCCGAAUUUGCCACAGGAACGCCGAUGAUCGGAUGACGUUCCUCCGAUUGAUGCGGAAGUUAGAACCAGACCUCCUGGUUUUAAGCGAGAUCGAAGGCGGCAGAUGCAGCGGUGGGGCGGACAACGGGUAUCCUGCGGCGUUCGCGAAGAAAGCGGAGCUUUUGUGGAGGUUCCUGGAUUCGACAAGCGUCGCAUUCAGGGGUAAGGACUGCUCAGAGAGGAGAGUGAUGGAAGGGGAAGCGGCGAGGGUUCUGGAAACUGCGGAACCAGCAGCGGAGGGGAGGGAGCGGUGGCAGGAGAGGAUGGCAGCGGCAGGUUUCGAGGAGGAGGCAUUCGGAGAGGAGGCUAUGGAAGCUGGUAAGGCGAUUCUGAGAAAGUGCGACGGAAAUUGGGAGAUGCGGACGGCAUCGCCGGCAGAGGCAGAGGCGGUGGCGCUGUGGUGGAAGGGGCAACCGGUGUCCUUCUGUUCCCUGUGGAAGCCGAACAGACCAAUGUAAAGCCGUUAUAUUCUAUCUGAUGAACGGCCAGAUUUGUUUUAGCAAAGGGUACUCAAAACUUGGCCUAUGAAAUAAUUGGAUAGAUGAGCCUGUGUGCUUUAUCGGGUUCGGAUCAUGCGGCUGGUUGGACGAUCCAAUUUUAUUGUAGACUUAUUAUAACAAGUAUGGCCCAAAUUAUGUCCGGAUCAUACUGACUUGUCCCGCAUUGGUUGGCGCAGCAGAUCUACGGCCCAAACGGUUCUGCAGGCUCUUGAGAAAUUUGAAUACUAAAUGGAUUUCAAUCUGUU